AUGAGAUCUUCAAGCGUCUUGUUCUUGAUAGACAUAGGUUGUGGCUUGAUAUCUUCGAGUUUCACCUGUGGUUUGUCAAUUGUGCCAGAAGCAAAUCCUCCUGCCUUAGGCUCCUCUUUUUUCUCAGCUGGUUUAGCAUCCUCCUUCUUCUCAGAAUCUUUCGAAACGUUCAGAUUAAAACCUGUUGCUGCUGGCUUUGUCUCAGUCUUGGCUCCAGAGAAAGAAAACGAAGAAGGGGCAGCUGGAGUGGCAGCUGCUUUAUCGUCUGGCUUGGUACCAAAGCUGAAUCCUGUUGUUGCGGGCUUGGCUUCAGCUUUUGUUCCAUUAGCAGCACCAGUACUGGCUGUUAUACUAGAUCCUCCAAAGGAGAAGCCUGAGGCUGGUUUCGAUGCGUCAGGCUUAGAACCUCCAAGAGAGAAACUUGGCGCGGCCGCUGGUUUUGGCUCGUCCUUCUUCUCCCCAAAUGAAAAUGCCGGUUUUGAAUCGUCUUUCUUUUGGCCAAAAGAGAGAGAUGAAGUCGUGGAUACAGCUGAAGAUGAAGCUGGGGCUGGAGCAUCUGUUUUAUUACCGCUGGUUGCACCGAACGCAAAGGCUGGCUUGCUUGCCGCUGGCUGUGCGGAUGAAGCUCCAAAAGAGAGCACAGGCUUCUCGGCUGGUUUAUCAGCAGCAGGAGCGGCAGUUGCAUCAGAUCCUCCAAACAAUGGUUUUGAACCAGACGUUGCAGAAGUAGAUCCAAACAGAGGCUUGGAUUCAGCUGGCUUGUCCGUUUUUGCACCAAAGCUAAAUCCGCCUGCUGCAGGAGCGGUUGAAGAUGCAGCUGGCUGGGAUUGUGCCCCGCCAAAGAGACCUCCUGAGGUCUGUGGUUUAGCGUCAGACGUUUGCGAAGCCCCAAGAUUGAAGCCUGCUGGUUUGGCGUCCGUUUUCUGUCCUCCAAACAGUGACGUACUAUUUGAUGUGUUGUUGGAGUUUCCAAAGAAGAAACCUGGUUUGGCGUCUGAUUUAGCUGGGGUGGAAGCACCUCCAAACAGAGAUGGCUGA